UUACACAUACAAAAUUUUUUUAAGUUAUAGCUUAUCAAAAUUUCAAUUGUUUUAGAUAUAAACAUACAAGUAAAGCUCACAAACUGGAAACGGUGUCAAAAUUCUUAGUUCAUAUAGACAGCGCACUCUUUUGUCCCCGCCCAAAUGCACUUCAGCGCACUCCGACUGCUUAAAUCUAUUCAUAACAAUCCUUUAUCGUAUAAAAAUAACUCACAAUGUCAAUCCGGGCCAUUUCAGAAAUUUACGCGAAUCUCAAAGAUGACCACCUACUUCAACUAUCCCAGCAAGGAGCUGCAGGAGGAGCUCAGAACCAUUGCCCAGGCGAUCGUUGCCCCUGGUAAGGGAAUUCUCGCCGCCGAUGAGUCUGUCUCGACCAUGGGCAAGCGCCUGAAGGAUAUUGGCGUGGAAAACACCGAUGAGAACCGUCGCGCCUACCGCCAGCUCCUGUUCACCUCUGAUGAUAAGCUCGCCGAGAACAUUUCUGGCGUCAUUCUCUUCGACGAGACUGUGUACCAGAAGGCCGAUGAUGGCACCACCUUCAUCCAGUGCUUGAGGAAGAAGGGCAUCAUUCCCGGCAUCAAGGUCGACACUGGUGUCGUGCCACUGAUGGGCUCCGAGGAUGAGUCGACCACUCAGGGUCUGGAUGAUCUGGCCAAGCGUUGCGCCAAGUACAAGAAGGAGGGCUGCGAUUUCGCCAAGUGGCGUUGCGUCCUGAAGAUUGGCAAGAACACCCCUUCAUACCAGGCCAUCCUGGAGAAUGCCAAUGUGUUGGCCCGCUAUGCCUCCAUCUGCCAGUCGGAGCGCAUUGUCCCCAUUGUGGAGCCAGAGGUGCUGCCCGAUGGUGAGCACGAUCUGGAUCGCGCUCAGAAGGUCACCGAAACCGUUCUAGCUGCCGUCUACAAGGCCCUGAACGAUCAUCACGUCUACCUGGAGGGCACGCUCCUUAAGCCCAACAUGGUCACCGCUGGCCAGGGAGCCAAGAAGAACACACCCGAGGAGAUUGCUCUGGCAACCGUCACGGCACUGCGCCGCACUGUGCCCUCUGCUGUUCCCGGCGUCACCUUCCUGUCGGGUGGACAGUCCGAGGAGGAGGCCACCGUUAACUUGAGCGCCAUCAACAAUGUUCCACUGACCCGCCCCUGGGCUCUGACCUUCUCGUACGGUCGCGCCCUGCAGGCUUCCGUGCUGCGCGCCUGGGGUGGCAAGAAGGAGAACGUCGCCGCUGGACAGGGUGAGCUCAUCAAGCGCGCCAGGGCCAAUGGACUAGCCUGCCAAGGCAAAUACGUGGCCGGUUCGAUUCCCUCAUUCGCGGGCAAUACCAGUUUGUUUGUUGCCCAGCACAAGUACUAAACAAAAUUAAAGACAAGUUCCAGCAAAUGCAAUUCGUAACGGCCGCUGUCUUAACCCAAUUGGCUUACCUGUGCUGCGAGCAAGCCCGAACACAUUCCACACAACAGCACAGAAAUGGAAUUACACACCUAAAACCUUAUAUAGAUGUACAACUAGAGUUCUAAUUAUGACAAAAUAUAAUAUUACAAUUAUAAUUUUUUUGACAUGAGCCUACAUUUAUAAUUUCUGA